AUGCUUCGUCGCACCCGCUUUCUUUUCUCCCGUAGAGCUCUGGCAUAUGCCGGUGCAGCGACCGCCGCCGCUGCCGGAGGCGGGUAUUAUUACUUGAAUUCCGGGCCAGCCUAUCCCGAGUCCACGAGGGAGACGAGACGACCACCACCGCCAUGGCUUCCCCCGUCGAGGGAACACAACCUGAAUCUCUUGAGAGAAUCUACGAAGUUGGGAGGCGAGCAAGAGUUUGAUUUAUUGAUCGUCGGCGGAGGUGCGACGGGUGCUGGUGUCGCUGUUGAUGCUGCCAGUCGCGGUCUCAAGGUCGCGCUGGUAGAAAGAGAUGAUUUCAGUGCAGGUACCUCGUCGAAAUCGACGAAGCUCGUUCAUGGCGGUGUGCGAUAUCUUCAAAAGGCAGUCAUGGAGCUUGACUAUGAGCAGUACAAGCUCGUCAGGGAGGCACUUCACGAGCGUCGGAUAUUCCUUCAAACCGCGCCCUAUCUGUCGCACAUGCUUCCAAUCAUGCUACCAAUAUACAAAUACUGGCAAGUACCAUAUUAUUGGGUGGGCUGUAAGAUGUACGAUAUUCUCGCGGGGAAAGAGAACAUGGAAUCAUCUUAUCUCAUGAGCAAGGGCAAGGCUCUCGAAACUUUCCCAAUGCUCAAACGUGACGGCCUUGUAGGCGCUCUUGUGUAUUAUGAUGGACAACACAAUGACUCGAGGAUGAACAUGGCGCUGAUCAUGACGGCUGUCAAGCUUGGUGCAACCGUCGCGAACAAAGUCGAGGUGACAAAACUGCACAAAGGAGCUGACGGCAAGCUUUCUGGCGCACGUCUCAAGGACAAUCUUACUGGUGAAGAAUGGGACGUGAAAGCUAAGGGUAUCAUCAAUGCUACAGGUCCUUUCUCAGAUGCUCUUCUUACCCUCGACAACCCGGAACACAAGCCUAUAGUCCAAGCAUCCUCUGGAAUACAUAUCACGCUCCCAAAUUACUACUCCCCACGCACAAUGGGUCUCCUCGACCCCGCCACCUCAGACGGGCGCGUCAUUUUCUUCCUCCCAUGGCAGGGUAACACCAUCGCGGGGACAACCGAUGCGCCUGCGGCUGUCGAAACCGAGCCCCGUGCGGCAGAAGAGGAAAUCCGCUGGGUUCUCGAGGAGGUCCGCCGCUACCUCUCUCCGGAUAUCAAAGUACGCCGCGGGGACGUGUUGAGCGCAUGGAGCGGGCUACGGCCGCUCGUGCGGAACCCCUCGGCCAGCAGCACACAGGGUCUUGUGCGGAACCACAUGAUUCACGUCUCGGACUCUGGGCUCUUGACGAUUGCGGGCGGCAAGUGGACGACGUAUCGGUCUAUGGCGCAAGAGACCGUUGAUGAAGCUGUGAAGGCAUUCGGUUUGGAGGGAAGAGUGAAGAGCGGGUGCGUGACGGAGCAGGUGAGGCUGGUCGGAAGUGAUGGAUGGAGUAGGAAUAUGUUCAUCGGCUUGAUCCAGCGGUACGGUCUCGACACGGAAGUUGCGAAACAUCUAUCGGACAACUACGGCGACCGUGCAUGGACAGUCCUGUCUCUUGCUUCCCCGACCGGCGAUUCAUGGCCUCUCUACGGCGUUCGUUUAGCACCACAAUACCCUUUCAUCGAAGCAGAAGUGCGCUACGCCGUCCGCCACGAGUAUGCACUCACCGCCGUCGACGUCAUCGCCCGCCGCUGCCGCCUCUCCUUCCUGAACGCACAAGCCGCCCUCGAUGCCCUCCCCCGCGUCGUCGAAAUCAUGUCCGAGGAACUCCACUGGAACCGUGCGCGCAAGCAGUCCGAGCUUGUAGGUGCUACGAAGUUCCUCCAGUCCAUGGGUCUCUCGCCCAACGUCGCGCCGCCCACGCUCCACGAGCCGGCGGGGCUAUUAGCUAUUCCGGUCGAGAAGAGUGGCGGUGGUGUUUAG